AUGGAAGCUAUCAUCAACUCUCAGCUUUUGUACCCGAGUCUGGGCCUGGCGAGUUUAAUUCUCGUUCUGCGAGCCAUUCUGGUGGUUUCCGGUGUGCCAAAGCCUGUCAAUUUUCACGCCUGGGAUCCGUUCCGACGCAAAGCCAACCAGGAGUUUGAGGCCGACGCCUCAGGGCUGAUUGCCAAAGGUCUCAAGAAGGAUGGCUCUUCGUUCCGACUCGCGACCAAAAUGGGAACUUAUCUGGUCCUAGCCGACCGAUACGCUGAGGAAAUCAGAAAUGAUGAGCGAUUCAGUGCAUACGAUGCGCUUGUCGAUGUCAUUCUGUUAGAAUUGCCGGGCUUUGAAACUUCAUUUCAGGGCUCAUUACACAACCAUGUCUCACCCAUUGCGGUUCAGGCGUUGAACAAGGAGCUACUGCACUUGACGCAGCCUCUCUCCGAUGAAGCCAGCAAUUUCCUGCGUACUCGGUGGUCGGAUGUGCCUGAUUGGCAGAUCGUAGACAUUCGCGAGACAGUGUUGGGUCUCGUGGCCCAGAUGACCACACGCGCCCUGAUCGGGCCUGAGCUUAGCUGCCACGCUGAAUGGCUCGAUAUCGCCAUCAGCUUCACAACUAACCGGGCGAUUGCCGUUGCUGCCAUUCAAGGCUGGCCUCGCCUCCUCCAGCCGAUGGUUCACUGGUUUCUCAGUCCCUGUCGUGCGGUGCGGAAGCAGAUUCGGCGCGCAAAGGGCAUACUCUUGCCUGUCCUACGACAAAAAAUGGGUCAGAACGAGGUGGACCCGUCUUCAUCCUCAUCACCUACGUCAAUCAAGCAGGACUUCUCCACAUUGACAUUUAUUGACCGAUAUGCCCAGGGCAAGCGCUACGAUGCCACACUAGCCCAGCUGCGGCUGAUUGCCGUCUCCGUUCUGACCACAGCAGAUCUGGUGGAGAAGGUAGUCGCACGGCUUCUUGAGUAUCCGGAGCUGAUCGAACCGUUGCGCGAAGAAGUCAUUGCCGUCUUAACUAUGACACAUCAAGGCAUGCAUCGCAAUAGUCUCAUGAAGCUCACGCUGAUGGAAAGCGUGAUGAGGGAGAGCCAGAGACUCGAGCCUGCUACUCUCAUAUCGAUGUUUCGCGUGGCCAAGAAAACAGUCAUUUUGCAAGAUGGCACAGUCGUGCCCCGAGGCACUAAUCUCGCCUUUGCAAACGACUCGCGGCUCGACCCCACCAUGUAUCCAAAUCCCGAGCGUUUCGAUGGCUACCGAUUCCAAAGGAUGCGUGAAGAUCCAAGUACUGCCGGGUUGGCCCCCUUCACCAGGACGCGGAUGAGUCACCUGGCCUUUGGACACGGUAAACAUGCCUGUCCGGGGCGAUUUCUAUCGUGCGACGAGGCCAAGCUGAUUUUAUGCCAUAUUCUGCUCAAAUAUGACAUCAGGGCACCUGAGUCGGGAAAUGAUGCGGGGAUCUCAGUGUACGGUAUGUUUGUGCAGAGGAAGCCGGGAGAGAAGAUGGAGGUAAAGAUGCGUCAGAUGGAGCCGGGUGUAGCGGAGAUUUUGCGGUAG